AUGUUUUCUCCAACGGGGCAACACAUCUAUCACGCGACCCGGCGCCGCCUAAUCGGUCUUCCUCGCCACACAGUUAAAUGGACAUCGACGUCCACAGGUCAGAUCCCCCGGCCUGCGCGCCCAAUAGAGUGGCGGGAAAACACCUCAUCCAAAGACAAGAAGAUCGUCUAUGCUGUAGGCGGCACUGGUGUAAUCACCAUUGGGUUGCUACUGGCAAGACGAAAUGGAAGCCAGUAUCCUGACGAUCCACGAGACGUGAAGGAGCUCUCAACGGUCCCUUUUGGCAAGCUUUGUUCGGGCUGGAUCACCUUCGCAUUCUGCUCAUCGCCAAGAUGGGUUGACAUGAGCGAGUCCUUCUACCAAGUCCUUACAAAGAUCCCCGUUCUCUCUUCCAUAACACAUGCCUUUGUCACGCGUACCUUCUUCAACCAGUUCCUAGGCGGAGAGACUACUGAGGAGUGUAUUCCUAAGAUCGAAAAACUGCGGAAGCACCAGAUCGGCACUCUUCUUGGCUACAACAUCGAAGCCGAACUGGACGGUUCGAGCAAGGACCCUCAGUUGAUCCUCGAGCAGACAAGGCAUGUUUUGGCUUCGAUUGACGCGCAAGGAAAGUUGGCAAAGCAGUACUGGCCAGACACCAGCGCUACCGGCGGCGACAAUCGGUGUUGGGUCAGAAUCAAGGUGACGGGUCUGCUGCCCCAUCCUAUCGCCCUCUACCACGGCUCGAAUGCAAUUAUGAAGGCGAGAGAAGCAAGGGGACUCAACAAGGACGUGCCAUACCCUGGCUUGCCUCAGGAUGGCGACUGGGAGGCGGCGUUGAAUGGAGAAGGCGUCACGAAUUCGGAUCGUGAUCAGCUGAUCAGCCUCAGAGCCACCAUGGAAGCUAUCGCUAGCAAGGCGCGAGACAACAACGUGCGCAUCGUCAUUGACGCCGAACAGUCGUGGUACCAGCCAGUCAUUGACAGUCUGACUGACGAGCUGAUGCAAAAGUACAACUCGCUAGAUGGACCCGCCACGUGCAUUGCCUCUUUUCAAGCCUACCUCCGCAGGCAUCCGCAGCUUCUCGACCAGCAGAUCCGUCGCGCCGAUGAGAAGGGCUAUAAAUUGCUCUUCAAGCAAGUCAGGGGAGCAUACAUGGUGACAGAGGCUGCAAGGUGGAAAAAGGAAGGCAAGAAAGGAGAGGGUCCAGUUUGGUCAACCAAGGCAGAGACGGAUGCCAGCUUUAACUAUGGAAUCGAGAAGACGCUCUCCACAGUCGCUGAUCAGGUGAGACAGACGGGUCAUUCGAGACUUAGCGCCGUGUUUGCUACUCACAACUCCAUCAGCAUUGACAAGGGUAUUCAAUUGCUAAAGAAGCAUGGAUUGGCGGAGCGCAAGAGCGACGAUAGCAGGCUUUUAGUCUCGAAGGAGGCUGCGGGGAGCAUUGCCUUUGCGCAGCUGUAUGGAAUGAAAGAUGACCUCACAAACAAAAUUACUGGAUCGGUCGCUACCGAGGGCGGAUUCCCGCUUGUCGUUAAGUCAAUGAGCUACGGCGACCUGAAGGAGUGUAUGCCUUUCUUAGCCAGACGAGCCACUGAGAACAAAGUUGUUCUCGAAGGGAGAGGUGGAGCUGUUGCGGAGAGGGUUCGCUUGGGUCGUGAGAUUCGCAGACGCCUUUUACCCUUCAAUUUUUAG